UAAAAUGCAAGGAGAAAUACAGUGUACUAUAGCAGUAGACCAGUUGUUCGUAGGAGGGCUUGACUUGAAACUUUGAAAGGUGGCAAGUCUCCAUUCGGAGUGCAUCUGAGAUAGGUCCCACGUUUCCGAAUUUGAAACACGACCCCCGACCGCCAAAACUAACACAUACCCCCACCCCACCCCCUCGUACCCACCCCUUCAUCACCGCUCGCCCUCUACUCCUCCCUCCUUCCACUGAACUGCUCCAUAAUAUUCACCGAGCAUCUCUCAGGUAUGGAGGAAUUUGAAGCUGUAAAAAUACCUUUCUCCGAUUAUUUACCAUGCUUGUUCAUUACGGGCUAAACUCGGUAACUUCUUUCUUUCUACUUGAAGAAUUUCAAAAUUUGUUGUCAGGUCCUAGGAGUUACUGUGCUCGGCAUCAUUUUCAAUAUUGUCGAUUUCUUCCUUUUUCUCACCCGAAAUCGAAGAUGCUUAUCCUUCAAUUCUCCUUCCGCAGACUAUGACUACUUCUUCCUCACGUCUUUUUGUUUGUUUCUCUGAUCUUAGACUAUUCUACUCACUUUCUCUGGUGCAUACGUUAUUCAAGUUUUCGAUUAUGAUUUCGUUUUUUAUACUUGGAUUUGCUUUCAUUUCUUCCACAGGUCACAUUAAUAGAAGUUGAAACCAUAAGGAUAUAACCGUGAAUAAACUGAGAUAUCUAGACAUGAAAUAUAUGAUGAAAGGGAAAGGAAACACAAGAAUGAGCAGCCAACAGGCUGCUUUUGAACUUAAGCAGCGGGUGGUUAUUGCACUGAACAAGCUCGCUGAUAGGGAUACAUAUCAAGUUGCAGUGGAGGAACUUGAGAAAAUUAUUGAAUGUUUACCUCCAAAUGGGAUCGCUCCAUUUCUGUCUUGUAUAUUAGAUACAGAUUCAGAACAGAAAAGUGCAGUUCGUAAGGAAUGUGUUCGAUUAAUGGGCACCCUCACCAGUCUCCAUGAUAACCUUGUGGGCCCACAUCUCACAAAGGUUGUAGCCAGCAUUGUUAAAAGGCUGAAGGAUUCAGAUUCUGUUGUGAGAGAUGCUUGCGUGGAGACAGUUGGGAUUUUGGCUGCUAAACUCGGUCAUGUUGGGGGUGAUAGUGAACAUGAUGGAUUUUUUGUUGUCUUGGUCAGGCCUCUUUUUGAGGCUUUGGGAGAGCAAAAUAAACAAGUGCAAUCUGGUUCUGCACUAUGUUUGGCGAGGGUCAUAGACAAUAUCCAGAAUCCAUCAACAUCGGUUUUGCAGAAAAUGUUAGCUAGGACUGUUAAGUUGCUAAAAAAUCCACACUUCAUGGCAAAGCCUGCUGUCAUUGAAUUGAAUAGAAGUAUCAUUCAAGCCGGUGGUGCUCCUUCCCUUAAUGUUUUGUCUACUGCUAUUAUGAGCAUACAAGACGCACUCAAGAACAGUGAUUGGGCAACAAGGAAAUCUGCUAGUGCUGCAUUAGGGGAAAUAGCUUCUAGUGGUGGAACAGGUUUUCGCUCUUUUAAAACUUCUUGCAUCCGUUCUCUUGAAGCAUGCCGAUUUGACAAGGUCAAACCGGUCAGGGACACAGCAUUGCAAGCCUUGCAUCUCUGGAAGAGUCUUCCAGGGCCCGAUACACAUGAACCUUCAGAAACUAGUUCUUCUCUCAAAGAAAAUAUCUAUAAGGAUGAUAUUGGCGAUGCCACUAGCACAAGUGAUUCGGUGUCAAAGGAUGCCACUCCUAAAGGAUUUGCCCAUGUUUUCAAAAGCAGACUUUCUCAUUAUUCCAGAAAGUCUGGCCAAAAUAAUGCUGAAAAGGUUCAGUACUCUAGUGCAAAUGACUGGCAUAUGGAAAUUGCUCUCCCUAGAAGGCAUAAUAACAUAUUUACAUCAGAGGCUCAAAAUGCAGAGCCAGAUCGCAGCUCUGUCACAAAGACUAUUGAAAGGGGAUCUGAUGUUAUAUGUUCCCAUGACGUUGAAUAUGAAUCUGUACACAUAGAUGACAAGCAAGAUUGCUCUUUGUCAAAUACUUUUCCUGAUAAUUUUCAUGCCAAGAUUGUGACAGUUUCUCAUGAUGUUCUUGAUGAGGUUAGUAUGGAUACAUCCACAAUAACUAAUGAGCAGUGUACUGGUGGGGUAAUGACUUUGGAAGAACAAAGGAACUUGUCUAAGGUGCAGGACCGGAGAAGCUUAGAUUCCAUAAUUACUGAAUCAAUCUCUAACUCAAUGCAUGGAUGUUACCCAAGCAUUGCAGAAGAAAUGAAAUCCAUUCGGAAGCAGCUCUUAAUUAUUCAAGACACUCAGGCUAAUUUUGCAGAUUUGUUAAAGGAAGUCACUGCAAACAUAGUAGAUACUCUUUCAUUGGUACAGAUGAAGGUCUCUGGCCUUGAGGACAAAGUUGAUAGAAUGGCACAAGAACUUGCUUAUGGUAUGAAGUGUUCUGAUCCAGUGACAACAAAGCUUAAUAGAAGAACUCCUGUUGUUGCUUCUCCUCGUUUCUCAACAUACACUCCUAGGCCAUCUGUUGAUUUGUGUCACAGACCAAGUGGUUUUACUAAACAAAGUCCGGAUAUAUCUAUGGAUGCAGCAGCAAAACAAAAUAAAAAUCCUCUUGAAAGUAGCACUACUCACCGAAGCUCUGCAAGUGGAGCCCGUAGUUGUCAAACUAGGAAAACUGACAAACAAAAUAGCAUAGAGAUUGAGAGUGCAAUAUGGAGAGUUGUGAAAGGGCAUUUGCUGAACGGAGAUCUGGAUUCUGCUUAUUUGGAGGCACUGUGUUCAGGGAAUGAACUUAUUUUGUUUCAGCUGCUUGACAGAACAGGUCCUGUUCUUGAAAACAUAUCACAAAAGACUGCUAGUGAUCUUUUGAAAAUUAUUGCAUCAUAUUUCUUGGAACAAAGGUUUGUGAACUCCAUUCUUCCUUGGCUUCAACAGGUGGCAGAACUGUGCACCACUCACGGCCCAGAUUACAUAAUUCUUUCUGUAAAAACAAAGCGCGAACUCUUGACUGCAUUUCAACAAGUAGUAAAUAUGGAAUUUUCUAGUGUCGCAGAUAGAAGAUCUGUUAUGCAGGUGGCAUUCACCUUGCGCCAGAUUUGGGAAAAGUUCUCUGUGUGACAAGAUGAAAGCAGCGUGGGCUGGCAAGCAGGGAAAUUGAGACGUGUAUUCUCAGAGAGGCAAAUGAUGUAGUUCGAAAUCCGCGUUUCAUAAAUUGUACGUAGUAUUUUGUAUCUGAAGGUGUUCGAGAUUUAGUACUUAGAUUCCAAUGGCGCAAUUAUAGGGACAUCCAUAUGAUUGGUUAGAACUUAGAAGUUAAAAGCAGCUGGGAAAAGCUACAAGGUAAAAUCUGCUCCAAUGUAAUCUGGAGUAGCUCUCGAACUGCAAAAGUUACUGCAUCAAAAACAUUGUGCAAAUAGCUUGAUUGAAGAGGGGCUAGAUAAAAAUUGAGCUUAUGAUCUUGUACUAGAUGCGGUAUACAACUA